AAUAAAUAAAAGAAGAGAAAAGGUGUAGAAUCCCGUAUUAAAAGGGGGCAUACAUUCUCCCUCCUCUCCCCACCACUUAACCAACCAUUGAAUUGAAAUAUUUGUGAUCUACAAUCAAAUUCCAAACCCCCCAAAUCCUCCUAAACAUGGUAGCGGAGACAGACGUAGACGUUGCCGUUACCACCACCACCACCGCCGCCGCCGCCGCCCUUAUAUUCACUUACGGAACAUUAAAGAGAAACUUCUCCAACCACCCUCUUCUCCAAGACCUAAUCCUCACCGGCGACGCUUCUUUCAUCGGAACCUACCGCACCCUCCUCAAUUACCCUCUCGUAUGUGGUCCCUACCGCGUCCCUUUCCUCCUCAACAUUCCCGGUUCGGGUCAACCCGUUUACGGCGAACUCUACUCCGUCUCCGAACACGGUCUUUCUCGGAUGGACGAACUGGAAGGAACCACACGCGCUCACUACGAGCGUCUUCCUAUCAAGGUCGUUCCUGCUGAAGAAGAUGGCGCCGAAGCGGAAAAGAUAACGUGCGCGGAAGCGUAUUACGCGCAUGGUAGCUAUGCGAUGGAGAUGUGGAAGAAGAAUGGUAAAAAAGGUUUGAAGUGUUAUACGGAGAAAGAAACAAUUGGGUAUGUGAAACGUAAAGAUAGGCCUCAACAUUUGACUUUCCUUGAUCACAUUCGAUUGUUCCUUUCUGAUUGAUUCAUUAUAAUUAUUAUUCAUUUUUACUGUGUUUAUUACUGUUCUUCAAGAUUGGAAUUUGGUUGGUCUCUGUCUUCUUUAUGUAUUUUCGAUGUUUUCUUAGUUAUAUAUACAUUAUGUAAAAAAUAAUAAUAAUAUGUCUACUUGUUUUGUUUUUAGUUAAUAAUAACCAAUGAAGCACGGACACUCCUCGAAUUAGGCGUGUCGUGUCCUGGUGUCAGACACGUGUCAGUGUCUGAUACGACACUUAUAAUUACAUUGUAUUAUGUCAUUUUCUCAAAUUAUUAUCCAGUGUCCAUGUAUCAUUAUCCGUGUCGUGUCUGUGUAUAUGUUCGUGCUUCAUAGAUAAUAACUAUUUUGAUCUUUCAAGGUCUUGUCUAUUGGGACGUGUCUUUAAACUGCACAAUUAGAACAGAAGCUUUAUAUUGGUGGGUAAUAGUUAAGGUUCGCUUGUAGAGUUUUUUUUUUUUUUUUUUAAGUUGCGGUCUGAGACUGUAAUUGCAAUUGAAAACUUUGCUGUGGUCACUGGGAGUAGUUAACGAUUUACAUAUCCUGAAUGUGUUACCAUGAAACUUCGUGUAUAGCCACAUAUACUGAGUUCAACUCCUGAAUCCAUCUUACUAAUAGAGUAAUAUAUUUUUUAA